AGGGCAUACGCGAUUUUAAAGGCGGAGGGGAACGAAGAGGGACUAAAAGAAUGAAUAAAACUGAAUAAAAGAACGGAGCCAGCUAAUUUGGGUUAAACCCCACUUGCGGUCUAAACUGGUCUGAAGUGUUCCAGUCUCCUGAGGUAGGGGGCACUGUUUCUAAAAUGAGUCUCUCAGGGGAGCCAGAGGCCAAAAGAAGAAAACUCAGCACUGAGAGAAACCGGGUCCAGGCAGAAAGAGCAGGGUCACCUGUACCCAGCUGUCUGUCUAUGAAGAGUGAUCAUUCAAUUGAACUUCCAGUCAACUUUAGAGAACAGUUUACAGGUGAUCAAAGGGUCCAGGUAGAAAGAGAAGCGUCACCUGUACCAAGCUGUCUGUCUAUGAAGAGUGAUCAUUCAAUUGACCGUCCAACCAACUUUAGAGGGCAGUUUGCAGGUGAUCAAAGGGUCCAGGCAGAAAGAUCAGGGUCACCUGUACCAAGCUGUCUGUCUAUGAAGAGUGAUCAUUCAAUUGAACGUCCAACCAACUUUAGAGGGCAGUUUGCAGGUGAUCAAAGGGUCCAGGUAGAAAGAGCAGGGUCACCUGUACCCAGCUGUCUGUCUAUGAAGAGUGAUUGUUCAAUGGAUCCUCCAAUCGUGUUCAGCAGACAGUUCACAGGUGAUCAAAGGGUCCAGGUAGAAAGAGCAGGGUCACCUGUACCCAGCUGUCUGUCUAUGAAGAGUGAUUGUUCAAUGGAUCCUCCAAUCGUGUUCAGCAGACAGUUCACAGGGGAUCAAAGGGUACAGCAGUCACUGGAGUCCAGGUGUUUAGAACAGACAAGUUCACCAAAACAGUCUCUCCUGCGCACUCUGAUGAAGCUGAAGAAGGAUGAGAAGUUGAAACUGUUUCAGAGCCAUCUGAGUCAGGAUUGCCAAGAAUGCUUUCAGAGUCUGUCUGAAGUUCCUUCCGUGCUGGAUAAGUUCAUGAAGAUGAAGGAAUUGUUCAAGAGUCAUCAAAUUGCUGAUUACCCAGAAUGCACUGAGAGAGAGCCGGAGGAUCCUGAGGCCCUGUACAUAGCUGAGAAGAUGCUGGAGACCUGUGGCAGUGAGGGGUCUCUGAAGAUCACACUCCACAUCCUGAGGAACAUGAAGCAGAAGGAUCUUGCCGACUCACUGGAGAGAGAUGAGCAAUACAAUGAAUCCAUAAAAACAGCCCAGAAGGCAUUGAAAACUCAUCUGAAGAGGAAGUUUGAAUGCAUAUUUGAAGGUUUAACAAAGCAGGGCCACCCAGCCCUCCUCAAUGAGAUCUAUACAGAGCUCUACAUCACAGAGGGGGGAAGUGAGGGGGUCAAUAAUGAACACGAGAUCAGACAGAUUGAGACAGCAUCCAAGAGACAAACCACACAGGAGACUACAAUCCUCUGCAAUGACAUCUUUAAGCCUUUACCUGGACAAAAGAAACCCAUCAGAACUGUGCUUACAAAGGGCAUCGCUGGCAUUGGGAAAACAGUCUCUGUGCAGAAGUUCAUUCUGGACUGGGCAGAAGGAAAAGCCAAUCAGGACGUUGAUUUCAUCUUCACUCUUCCUUUCCGAGAUCUGAAUUUGAAGAAGGAUAAAGCGUUCAGUCUGAUGCAACUUCUGCAGCACUACUUUCCACAACUGAAAGAGAUCAGAAGUAUUGAUGGUGACAAAGUCAAAGUUGUGUUUAUCUUUGAUGGUCUGGAUGAGUGUAGACUUCCUCUAGAUUUCCAAAGCAAUAAGAUCUGCUGUGAUAUAACAGAGUCAUCAUCAGUGGAUGUGCUGCUGACCAACCUCAUUAAGGGGAAUCUGCUUCCCUCUGCUGUCCUCUGGAUCACCUCCCGACCAAAGGCAGCCAAUCAGAUUCCUGCUGAGUGUGUCCACCAGGUGACAGAGGUACGAGGGUUCAAUAACCCACAGAAGGAGGAGUACCUCAAGAAGAGAAUCAGAGACCAGAACCAGGCCAGCAGAAUUAUCUCACACAUAAAGUCAUCCAGGAGUCUCUACAUCAUGUGUGACAUACCAGUCUUCUGCUGGAUUUCUGCUACUGUUCUGGACACAAUGUUGGGUAAAGUAGAGAGUGGAGAUCUGCCAAAAACUCUGACUGAAAUGUACACUCAUUUCGUGCUCAUUCAGACUAAUGUGAAGAAUGAGAAGUAUCAUGGCACUGAUGAGACAGACCCAAAGAAGAUGUCAGCAUCAGAUACAGAAAUCAUCCUGAAACUGGGGCAGUUGGCUUUUCUACAGCUGGAAAAGGGCAAUCUGAUAUUCUAUGAGGAGGACCUGAGAAAGAGUGGCAUUGAUGUCAAUGAAGCUUCAGUGUACUCUGGGGUGUGCACAGAGAUCUUUAAAGAGGAGUGUGGGUUGUACCAGCAGACGGUCUACUGCUUUGUGCAUCUGAGCAUUCAGGAGUAUCUGGCUGCCUUGUUUGUGUUUCACUCAUGUGUCAAUGAGAAAAGAAAUGUACUCAGAGGAGAACCUCACAGUGACAGAGUGCAGCUAUCUGAGUUACACAGGAGUGCAGUGAAUCAGGCCUUAAAGAGUAAGAAUGGACACCUGGACCUUUUCCUCAGAUUCCUUCUUGGCCUCUCUCUGGAGUCCAUUCAGACUCUCUUAGGAGGACUACUGAUGCAGACAGUAUGCAGAUCACCUGUACCAGUCCCACAGAUGGAAAGCAGAUCACAGAGCAUUGAGAAAACCGUCCAGUACAUUAAGGAGUGGAUCAGAGAGGAAUCUUCAGCAGAGAGGACCAUCAAUCUGUUCCACUGUCUCAAUGAACUGAAUGACAACUCUCUAGUGGAGGAAAUCCAGAAUUCCCUGAGAUCAGGAAAUCUUUCAGAUAAAGAGCUGGACCCAGGCCAGUGUUCAGCUCUGGCCUUUGUGUUACUGAUGUCAGAGGUCCUGGAUGAGUUUGACUUGAAGACCUACAAAAUUGACUUUGAGACCUCCAGAACAUCAGCAGCAUGUUAUCAGAGACUGCUACCAGUUGUCAGGAACUGCAGGAAGGCCAUACUAAGAAGCUGUGACCUCACAGAGAAGUCCUGUGAAAUUGUGGCCUCAGCUCUCCAGUCAUCAAACUCACCCCUGAGAGAUCUGGACCUCAGCUACAAUAACCUGGGAGAUUCAGGAGUGAAGCUGCUCUGUGAUGGACUGAUGAGUCCAAACUGUAAACUACAGAGACUGGGGCUGUCAGGCUGUAGAGUCACACAGAGAGGCUGUGAUUCUCUGGCUUCAGCUCUGCGUUCAAACCCCUCACACCUGAGAGAGCUGGACCUGAGAUACAAUCACCCAGGAGACUCAGGAGUGAUGGUG